GUGUUGUAUCUCAUGCGAUACCUCUGUACCUAGAGUUCAUGAAACAUGCCUACUUAGCGUAAUGUACUGUAACUACUUUUUUCCAAGUUAAAAAAGUAAAACUUGAUCAAUAUCCAAGUAUAUGAUCUUGGACCAAGGUUAUGUUGUCAUAAUGCUCUUUUAUAUCACUUGUAGGACAUUUGUCAAUUAAGAAAACUCCAAAUUCAUUCUAAAAUCAAGAAUUUAUCAUUUUAAUAUUGGUUACUUUUUGAAAUCCUUAUCUUCAACCUGCAAAUUCAAGGAAGACUAAAACGGAUUUACCUUUCCUGCUUUCUGAUUUCAUUUUUACAACAUAGGGGGCAUUAUGGCAACAUAACCAAGAUUUAUUACAGGAACAAGCAACAAAAAUUUUGAUAUACAGGUUCUAAAGAUUACUAAUGGAUGUUAAAUUUGAGAUGGAUUUUAUGUUUACAUAAGUAGGUUACUUGCUGAAUGACAACAAUGCUUCUCAACCAUUUCAUUCUGUAGAUAUUUUGACUGGUAUCAAAGUUGCGAUGUCUGUGAGAGAUUCACCUGCCAUUCGAAAAAUUUUUCUCUUGGGUGACUAAGUUUGCCCUGAAUCCUGGCUGAAUUUGGACCAUGAAAAUUUUGAAAUAUAAAUCCCCUUUUUCCAGUACGGCACACUAUCCAAAUUCCAAAAAUUUCCCUUCAUUUGGUUCAAUAAAACAAACAGUCCAUGUGUCUAACAAACGAGGAGCGUCUGGCACUACGGCAGAUGAGUCAUAUCGCGCCAUGCUUGUCUCAAUAAUAAUUCAAAUUAAUCGUGGUCAUCACAUGACCAAAAUUGCCGUUUUUUUUUGAAAACUUUCGAAUGCCACAGUAAAAUUUUUUUUCUUCAGUAAAUCAGAUUAUUUUUUCCAGAGGAAUUCAUUGAUGACGUUUUUAGAUUGCCACUCUUUGUAGUAUUUUGCGCAACUUAUUAUACUGUAUUUUUACUGAUAUUGAAGAACAACAAUUUCCAGACGUCUCCCAAAGAGGGGAUGUCUGAUCAUCGCUAAAAUGGGUUUCCCUGAAACGAGACAAUGUCGCUUGAUCUGUAUAGCCUGCCAUACUGUUUUCAAUUUCUGUUAAAAAUUUUAGAUUAUGGUUUCGCUGAGAAUUUUAACACUGGCUGCCAGAUUUCAAAAUGUAAAACAACAAUUCUUGACUCAUGCAAUUUCGGAAUUAUGAUUCUAUGGAGUUUAUGAUAUGACUUUGAACCUGCAAAUAAUGUUAGCAAGUUGCUAUUGGUACGAUAAUUAUGGUAAAAGAAAGUUUGAGAAGCAUUGAUAGAGUUCACUGGUGCUAUUUCUUCAAUAUUUAUGCUGCAACUUUUUGGGGUCAAAAUUAGUCAUUACCGGUCACAUUGACUUAAUGAUGGUGUGACUAACACAUAGUUAUGUCUGUAGCAGGGUGCCAGAACUGUUUAAAACUUGGUUCUGCUUGGUAGAAUCAAUAACUAGACAUUCACGUCAAAGGACCAACUCAAUGAACGAAAAGAUUUUGCAGCGAAAAAAAUUGUCAACAAGAAGUGGUUGCAGUUGAAUAACCACAUUUAUGUGGGUAUCGUCGAUAUGAUGAAUCCGAAGGACAAUGUCACGCUUCUCCGACCUGCUGUGAUGUCACAAAGUAAGAGUAAGAGAGUAUAUAUAAAGAGAUGCUUUUAAACUGCAUACACUAUUCUAUAGCAUAUAGAAAGAUUUAUAGAAGUGGUUCCUUCUAUGGCACAUUUCCCCUUUUCCGACGACUUUUAACAUUCAUGGUCUCUUGUUUUUGAUUGAUACCCUCUGAAAUAACCUUAUCAAGCAAUGAAACUAGGAAAAACGGGGAGUUUUCACCUAGCAUUGUGGUCUUUGUUCUACUGCUCUGUCCCACCUAGUGGAAGUCCCGGUUGGGAACUGGUGAUUUUUCAGAAUAUGUUUGCGUGCUUUUAUCGCCACUUAGUUGAGUUAACGAAAACAUCAGUAUUGGUUUUUAAAGCAUCUCUUCUCUUUUACUCUUGCUUUGUUACAGUUUAAAAAUCAUUUUGUCUUUCAGAUUCAUACUUAUAUGGGCCAUUGGGCCUAGUUAUUUAUAUAACAGUAGUAGGUCCAUAUCAAUGGUAACAGUAAAAAAUCAGUAAAAAUCACCAAAUAAUCGCAUAUUAGGGUUUGAAUAUUGGUGCUGAACAUGAGGAUUUAUUUAGGAUCACAGUUUGAAUAAUUUGGAAAGCAGAUUCUAAUCUAAGAUGUAGCAUUCUUUGUUGAUAAUGUAAAGUACCCUUCGAAAAAUUCAAGAUUUAUAUCUUGUGAUAAUAAUCGAGUCUGUCAAAAUAAACUAUACCAAAUCAAAAUCAUAUAAAUCCGUAUUUUGAAGCACAGUUUUUUAAAUUAUGGUUCUUUUGGUGUUUGGGCUCUCAGACCGGUUUUAAUAGUUAGUGCGGGCGAAUCUCAAUUUUACCCUGUUGAUGAAUAUUAACACAUCUCCUAUAGGACCUAUAACAAUAACUUUAUCAUUUUUAACGUCUCAUUAAUUUAAAUUGAUUUUGUAUUAAAGAAAAGCCACCAGGGGGUGCUAUAACAUAAAUAAUGACAAUGGCAAAUGACGAACAAAAGAUUGACGACGUUGAUGAAAUGUUCGAAGCAUUCGUUAAGAAGAAACUACAACAACUCGGAAUAAAACGAGCAGCGUCGAAAAAUGUAGAAAACGGAGCCAUGAGUGAACUGGAAUUAAACAUGAAAUUACGACUCGAGGGAAAUCUGGGGUCAAAGGUUAACGAAUUGGAAGAAAAAAAAGUGGAAGUCGAUGAGGAUGAUCAAAGUAAUGACUGGGUUGAGUCCUUCCCGAAAGUAAAAAAGAAUAAAAAAGAGAAGAAGGAUAAAAAAAAGAAGAAGAAGAAGGAUAAAAAAGAGAGUAAAUAUGAUUCGAGAAAGAAUAAAACCGGUCGUAACCAGUCAGAACCGGUUGAACUGAAUACAGAAGACAAAAUACUUGACAAAGCAAAAGCCCCAGAAGCGGGAAUCGACCAUAAAACUAAUUUGGAUUUAAAGAAUGGAAAAUCUACUAUUGAGUUGAAUAGUAAAAGUGACAAAAAAAUCGAGAAUGUUACUACUAUUGGUCCAAAGAAAGACAUUGCUACUAUCAAGAUGAAAAUUGAGUUGUUGAAAGCAAAAAGCGAAGGAGAGAGACUAAAAAAAGAGGCAAAUGGUUUGCUCAAAUCUGUGUCGAAAAAUCAAAGCAGUGUCGGGAACGAAAAGAAUGAAAAUGAGAAAAAUAAACAUUCUGAAAAUGAGGACAAUGGUGAUAGAAAAUCGAAUUCAAGGUCACCUUCAAGGAGAUUGAAACGUUUGCAUCAAAGUCGUUCAAGGUCACGAAGUCGCUCGCCUAAAAAGUCAUCUCGCCGUUCAAAAUCUAAAAGUCGGUCACCGGUGAAAAGGUCAAAACGUCAUAGGUCACGAAGUCGAUCAAGGUCACGUAGCAGACGACGUAGGGGUCAUAGGUCAAGGUCGUAUGAUAAACAUAGACGCAGUAGAUCAAGAUCACGAGAGAGACGUCAUCGUAAACGAUCACGGCGAAGUUCUUCACCUAGAAUAACAACCAAAGAUAAAGUUCGCUUGCUUGAAAUUGCAAAAGCAAAUGCAUUAGCUCAACACAAGGCUUCUCAUAAUGCUGCAUCUGUUACCUCUAUGGGCGCCUUGUUAAAAUCGGGUUCGAUGUCUGUAAAUCAAUUAACAGAAAUUUGCAAAGAUAUUGUGAAUAAAAAAGAACCAACAAUUGUUGACAAAGAUGAAAUUCUAACAAAAGAAAAAGCUGAGGAAUAUAUAAAGAAGUCUAAAGAGGCCAUCGUGCAUCACCCAUUCGCAGUUCGUGAAACCCCUAUUUCAUUUAAUAUAAAACCAGUUAGGAUGGGGACCCCAGCACCGCCUCCAGUGAUAAAAGCUCUUUCCACACUCACAAAAGAGUUCCCAGUAUCGUGCGGGCAGCAACAUAGGAGAAAAGAAGUCUUAGAAACUGUGUAUGGGAAAUGGGAAACAAUAGCGAAAGACGAGGCAACAAAAAACGCUGUGAAAGAACUCGUAACAAGUGAUAAAGUUUUUAUGGAUGAGACGGAACCAUUAGAAGUGGAUUUAAGUUCAGCAAUCGCAGACCGUAUUUCUGCCGUGCGACAACUACAAGACAACCCUACUAACAUAAAAGCGCAAGAAAAAAUGGAGCAAGCUCAAAAACAGCUUGACACUUGGACAAAAAAAAAGCAAACACCUGGGCAAUUUACUGGGCACACAGGGCUAACCCCAAUGCCUAAAGAAGUUUUAGAAAGUGGGAAACAAGCAUGGUUUAAAGCAGAUGAUGUUAAGAACGCAAAAAAAGUUGGUGGCAUCGGGAAGUCGUUACUGGAAAAGAUGGGGUGGACCCCUGGGACACCACUUGGUAAAACAAUGAUGGGACAGUUGGAACCUCUGCAAUUGGAUAUGAAGAAUGAUAGAAGAGGACUCAGCAGCUUUAUGGAAACAUUACCAUCGACCGCAAGUUCAAAGAAGGCACGAGUUGCAAACGGCCCAAAACCAGUAAUGGAUUUGAGCGGUAAACACCCAGUUUCAGCGUUGAUGGAGAUUUGUAGCAAACGACACUGGAACCCACCUGAUUUCAGACUGGCUGAUCCCUGUAAUAUUAAAAACUUUACAUAUCGUGUCACAGUAUGUAAUGAUGAAUAUAUUGGACAUCCAGCGAAUAAUAAAAAACAAGCAAAAUAUAGUGCGGCCACUGUCGCUUUACAAUGUAUGGGUUUAGUACCCAAGGAAACGUAACCCCAGCUAUUUUGUUAAUUUAAUAUAAUAUAGGGUGCUCAUAAAGUCUCAAAAUAAUUUAAAUUGCAAAUGGAAUGUAUCGUUACCAUAUAUCAGUGGUGGCCAACAUAUUGAUUAUGGCCAAU